AUGGAGGCGUGGCUUUCCACGAUUGAGGCGUUGUUCGAGGAUAUCUACACCCUCGAGAAGGACAAAGUUCUUUUGGCGGCUCACUGUUUAGAGGGGCCGGCUCGAUCGUGGUGGACGAGAAUGAUGAAUGGUCGGUCCUUGGAUCCGGCUACUAUGACUUGGGAGGCGUUCCGGGAGAUUCUACUAAUGGAGUACUUUCUGGAAAGUGACAAGCGGAAGAUCAAGGAGGACUUUCGCAAGCUAAGGCGGGGAAGCCGAACAGUGCGGGAGUAUGAAAGGGAGUUCUCGCACAUGGUUAACUAUGUUCCCGGUUUGGUUCAUGGUGACCGAGAUCGGGCGGAGGUCUUUGAGCGCGGAUUGCGGCCGGAGAUAUUCAAGACUGUUCAGGCGCUCCGGUUGAAGACCUACGAAGAGGUGCUCGAUCGUGCGCUAUGGAUAGAGCGCGGUAAUGCCAUUGCGUGUGAGGAACGCGAGGCGUUUGAGAGGGACAAGGAUAGGGAGAAUUCCAAGAAGCGACCGGCUGGUGGUUCCGCGGGGUAG